UGGAGGUAUACCUGGAGGGUGCAUAAUGAAGAUAAUUAACUAAAGAAUCUGUCCAUGAUUUAGGCAGGUCCCUGGUUACAAGGGUCAUGUUGUACAGGUCAGGAAAAGUAUUUCCUGGUACUUGAUAGAGCAAUGUGAAUAUAUUGUAUCGUCCUUCCCAGGGAAGCGAAUUUGUGCCUAGCCCAGAACUGAGUUUAAAUUAACUGAGAGGGGUAUUGCAAUCAAUUUCCUUGGACAUUUAAUUUCGUUUGGACACAUCACCACAAUGUAUGGUUCAUUAUAACUUUCUAGGGUGGUUAUUUUGUACUGGUUUUAUAAUGUACUGUGUAUAAUACUUGGAGUGGGUUAUAUUUUUAGCAGGUGUUGUUGUUAGUAGCGUGAAGAUGGUGUGUGGGUCGUGGUGUGUUGUGGUGAGGUGGGUGAUGGUGAUGACACUGCUUCUGGUCCUCUACCAACACCUGGUCACUGCACACGUGUCAUCAGAAACCUUCAGGAAGUUCACAAUCAACAGUUCCUUGGCUGCUCUGCAGAGAUGUCCAGCCUUGUCUGUCCUGGAAAUUCCUGGAUAUGCUCAGUUACCCAGAGUAUUCUGCAGCCAUCUAUGCUCCUUGAAUUCAGCAUGCAGGUUCUUCUCUCUUGAAGGAGGAAACUGCCUGCUUCAGACGCUGAAGUUGACCCCGGGGUACGACGCGGUCAGUGUGAUCUCUGGACUAGACUCCUAUACGGUACCCAGCACUGAGUACGACCUGGCCUUCCUCAAGCCUAUACAAGCAGGCAGUACCUGGAACGGCUACCCCAACCCACCCUCUGUGGUUAACGGAGACAUGUGCUGGACUAAGUCGACUCAGUGUUCAUGUACAGACUACAACAAACAGUGGAUUACUGUCGACCUCUUGACCAGCGUCAACCUGACCAGGAUCGUCGUUACAAGCUCAUUCGACGUCGACCAGGAAUAUUAUGCUAAAACCGACAUACAUGUAGGGAACACAGGUUCCUAUACUACGGACGCCAUUGUGGCCAGUAAGGACGGUACCUCACCAUCCAUGCCUCUGGAAACCUUCACUUACAAUGUUGCUGUUAAAGGUCGGUAUGUCACCUUACACAGAACAGAUAACACAGCUCUCUGUCUGUGUAGCCUUCAAGUGUUCUCAGACUGACAGCAUCACCUCUCUCUCUCGGCAGCCCUGCAGGUGCUGUCAGGCUGACAGCAUUACCUCUGUGUAAUUUACGAUUGUUCUCAAGCUGACAGCUUCACCUGUCUGCAAUUUACGAGUGUUCUUAAGCUGACAGCAUCACUAUGUGUAAUUCACGAUUGUUCUCAAGCUGACAGCAUCACCUCUAAUUUACUAGUGUUAUUAAGCUGACAGCAUCACCUGUCUCCCAAUUCAAGCUGUCACCUCCAGUUAGUUUCUAUAGAGCGUAAAAAGCUUACCUAGCGAAAUUUUCUCAGCUUUCAAUCCUAUAAUAAAGGUUUCAUUCCUAUAAUAAAGAUUCCAACCCUAAAAUAAAGGUUUCAAUCCUACAAUAAAGGUUUCAAUUCUACAAUAAAGGCUUCAACUCUACACCUCUACAAUAGUUUCAAUU